AUGGUGACAGCGGACAAUCUUAAUCUCGACGUCCUUGAACUCAUCUUUUCGUAUCUCUCUGGCAAUGAUUUGCCUUCGGUGGCUUUGGUCAGCAAUUUCUUCUACGGUGGUGUUUUGCCUAGACUAUACAAGACGUUGUGGUACUCAAUUCGACAUGGAAAAAGAUAUCCAAAAACGAUGUCCCCAUUUGCUUCUAUCCUAAGAGCUAAACAUCUGGCGAAGUAUGUACAACACGUCGAAAUAUCUUUCGUGCCAACUAUCAAGUCCGCUGGCCACAAAUCUCAAUUCGACCCUCGAUUUCUCCGCGACUGCAAAAAGGCCCUGGAUCUGUGCGACAAUCUACUUUCAUUUCGGUGUAGCGAGCACGUCCUCCCGUCUCUUUUGCUGGGCGAAGAAAUAAAGCCAUCACUCUGCAACCUUCGUAUCUUUGCAGCUGAAAUCAUGCCAGAACCGGCGCAACGUCUAAUACAGAUGGAGCAUCUGGAGACGCUCUGUCUCGAUAAUGGGUCGUGGGCUGUCAUGGACCUCCUUCCAAAAUGGUCGGCAUUGCUAGGGAAGACGCUGACCACUCUUACAUUAUCCAAUUCUCCCGAACUCAAUGAAACUGUCCUCGAACCUGCACUGAAAAAUCUACCUCAUCUUCUGCACCUACACGUAAUGGGUUGUCAGCGAAUUGACCAUGUGGUUCUGUUCCGGCUUGUAGUCCACACGCCUUUACUCGAAAGCCUCUCGCUCACUGCUUUCGAAAGUUCUCGUCAGCUAGAAAAAAACCCACCCUCCUUGCAUCGUCUCCGCCAUCUUUCAAUCGAUACUCGUUAUUCAAUGAUUUCAUCUCCAAUACCUAGCAUGCUAGCGGACAUUCUUGCGCACCUGAAGCACUCUGCUCCACCUCUGACCUCUUUCCAGAUUCGGAUUCCCGAACCCCAAGUCGUCGUAGGAAGCAGUUUUAUUGACCAACUCCUAGCCUCAUACGCUCUCACACUCCGGAGGCUAGCUUUUCUUGGCUGCGAGAUGAAGCUUGAAUCCCUCACAGCUGUUUGCAAGUCCUGUAGAAACCUGGAGACAUUGCACAUUUGCAUCCCCAAUUUUAAAGAUCCGCUGACUCACGCCAGGUUUAUGGAUGCCAUUGGACGCUCUUCGACACUCCGUACUCUGGUUGACGCGGACGAUCACACCGCCCACGGCGCUCAUUUUAUUUUGCGACCUGCAGACGUUGAAAAGAUGAUGCUGGCCGUGCGCAAUUUGAAUAAAGUCGUUUGCGACAAGAAGCGAUGGACGGCACGCAGAGAUUCCUCUGGAAAAUUGCACAUAUCGAUGGAUCGUCUAAUUACACACGUCAGGCCAAGGCCUCACUGGUUUAUGUCUACAGAUCUCGAAUAA